AUGGGAUCACUCGAUUUUACUUCUCCUAGCUUUGAUUCGUCCGCUGAGCUCAUAUUCUUGGGCACUGGCACGUCUUCAAGUCUUCCGCAUGUUGAUUGUUUGACCGCACCACCUGGAGCGAAACCUUGCCGGACUUGUCUCUCCACGCUUACUCCGGAGGGUAAGAAGAACAUCAGGCGCAACACUUCAGCUGCUGUCCGGCUACGUGCAAAAGACGGAAGUGAUGUCACCAUAAUCAUAGACGUCGGAAAGAGUUUCCAACCCGCCGCAGUAGAGUGGUUUCCGAAGUAUGGCUUGCGCCGGAUAGAUGCUGUUCUGAUAACACAUGCGCACGCUGAUGCAAUGAAUGGCCUGGACGAUCUAAGAGGAUGGACUUUACACGGCGUAAUACAGCCCCACAUUGAUUUAUAUGUAUCUAUGGCGACCUUCAAGGAGGUCCAGCGAGCGUUCCCGUAUCUCAUAUCGAAGGAAUUUGCCUCCGGUGGUGGUGAUGUCCCUGAAUUCAAGUGGCAUAUUAUCGAGGACCGCGUGCCCUUUGAAAUAGGAGACACUGGCAUACAGAUCACACCCUUUGCUGUACAUCACGGGCGCAUUUUUACGCCCUCUCCUCCCCUUGAUGCCUCCAUGUCCGCCACGCCCUACUCUAUCUCGCCGGCCUCCACAAAUGCUUCUACUCCCAGUGUGCCUGGGACACCAGUCCACGUUCCAACGGCAGUUCCCACGGAACCUGUCAAGCAGAUCCAACCUUACCUGUGCUUCGGCUUCAUUAUCCAGGAUGCCAUAACCUAUCUUUCCGACGUUUCUCAUAUCCCGGAGGACGUUUGGGCGAUGUUGAAAUCCAUGCGUCGCAUCCCGCCGCUAUUCGUCCUUGACUGUCUGCGGGUACAGCCACACCCCUCACAUCUCAGCGUUACGGAGGCUGUCGCAGUAGCGAAGCGUAUGAACGCCCAGCGGACGUACCUGCUUGGCUUCACACACGACCUUGCUCACGAUGACUUUGUAACGAUAGGGGAAGCGGCUGGGGGAAAGAAGUUGGAGGAUGCUGGUCUUUCCCUCAUUGAGCGACACGGGCUAUCCAGCAUACAAGAAGAUCGAACCAUUUGGACUCGGCCUGCAUAUGACGGACUACGAGUGUUUGUUUCUGAGGAGGGACUCGUACGAGAUGAGUGUUAUCGGUGA